AUGGAGGGCAAUGUGAGCGUCCCCCCGCAGGCACUGGGCGAGAUCCUGCACGCCCUGCACAAGCAGCGCAUCGACCUCGUCAAGAUCUCCAACCGCCUCAGCGAGGCCCCUCGGGGGCUGUCCGACCUGCUGCACCUCAGCCGCAGCUUCGUCACCCAGCUGUCCAAAUUCUUGGAGGAUGGGUCGGAGCUGUCGGAAGCGGUGAAGAUCCAGCUGCUGGAGGCGGAGGGAUUCCCGGGCGCGGUGGAGCGCCUGGGAUUCAACCGCCUGUUCAGCGACACGGCGACCGUCAAGGAGCAGCUGCGCCUGGCGGACGGCUACCAGCCCUACCUGGUUUCCCCAGAGGAUGGCCUGCGGGCACUGUUUGACAAGGCGGUGGAUUUGCUGGGGCCGCCUGUGAACGACCUGGUGGACAACGUCCACCUGACAGUGGCCCAAGCGGCAGAGGCGGCCGUGAGCAGGGCAUGCGAGGUGCCAGGGAUUGGGCCGCAUGCCCGGCCGCUGAUCCGCCUGCCGAACUUCGUGGAGGCCAUCCUGCCGGUGGUGCUGUCGGCGCUGCUGGAGCUGCGCAGCGAGGCGCGGAUGGUGGCGCUGUCGGUGGUGGAGAUGGAGAAGUCGUUCAUCUCGUGCUCGUUCUUCCGGUACAUGACCUUCCAGCGCAUACGGUCCGCGCAGCAGAGGGCGGACGAGGAUGAAGGUGAAGACAGCGGGGAGGAGGGCAGCGGCGGCAAGCCGCGGCCCCUGAAGAAUCGGAAGAACGGGGGCGGGGGCGAGGAGGACGAUUUCGCGGACGAUGCCGCCAGCGACAACAGUUCUGGGGAGGGCGGGGGCACGCCCCGGUCCAGCGCUGUGUACACCAGCGCCGACCUGUACUUCGGGAUGUCGGGGUACCUGCAGAAGAGCAGCUCGCACUCGCGGCACAAGACGGUCAAGGCGGAGGCCACGCUGUGGCAGAGGCGGUUCUUCGGCGUGAGGGAAGAGCUCAAGCUGCUGGAGUACUACGGGUCAGAGGAGUCGUUCCUGAAGGGAAUCAAGCCCAGGGGGCAGGUGCCCCUGACGGACUGCGUCGUGGAGGAGACCGACGGCGGGGGGCUGCCCAAGGGUACGCUGGCAAAGUCGGUGGAGACUCUGGACCGGGCGGGCGCCCCCAUCUCCCUGCUGCUCAGGAUCAGGCACAAGAACCCCCGGGUCAACCUGUACAAGAAUAGCCACGACUUGAUUCUCAGGGCAGAAAAUGCGGCCGACAAGUUCAGGUGGCUUCAGUACUUGAAGCAGAUCUGCUCUGACCCCCGUUCCGGGGCAAUGGUCUCGUCCGGUUGGGCAAAGGGAAAAAAGGACAAGGUGCCGCCUCCAGUGGAAGUGCCCGGUACUGUUUAUGAAGACGAGGAGGGCUACGAGAGCUAUGCGGACCCGAUGCUGGCGAGCCACGGCCUCGGCUCUGCAAUCUUCUGGUCCCACAUAUGCCGUGACGAGAACAACUCAUUGCUCCCCUCCCCAGGGCUGUUUCUGGAUGAGGGCUUGGAGAUCAAGCAGGACCUGGCUUUGAGGCAGCACACGCGCGACAUGCGGGCCUACACGAAGUUGGUGUGCGAGACAUUGGUGAUGACUGUCCCCAAGGUUGUGGUCCACUGCUUGGUGGACAAGGCACGCACGAAGCUGGGGCCUGUCAUCGAGGAGCACAUCCUGGGCAUGGCCACGGAUGUGCGUGAGGUCCUGCUGCAAGAGGCGCCUGACAUAGUGGAGUACCGAGAGAGGGUCAGGCAGCUCCUGCACGACGUGUCUGAGGCGGAGGACACUGUUAAGGAUGUGCAGAAGACGCGGCAGGCCGCGGCUCGUGAAGGCAAGAACCUUGGGGACGUCAUGCUGUCUGUGAAGGUGAUCGAGUUGGCGCAGAUGAUCAACCAGCUAAGGCCUGAUGCCGAUGGUCUGACAAGACGGUACAGCUUGAAGGUGAAGAAGCCGGCACCAUCCCCACCUGCUACGUCCCAGGAAUCGCCAAAGCCAGCCCCUGUACAAAGGCCCACUGGCGUGUCUCCAGCUCGUGCUGCACCUGCCCGCCCUGCACCACCAUCCCAGCCGCCUAGCUUGGCGCGUCCGAGCUCUGGAGGCAAUCUGCCAGCACAGGCAGCCACAGCACCAGCAGUGGCGCCUAGGAGACGCGCCCCUGGGCCACCGCCUGGUCGUUCUCAAAACCAGAACGGCACCACCAAUGGUGCGUCUCCUGCGGCGGCCUCACCACCUCCACAGCAGAACCGGGGCGGGUUGGGGUUCUUUAGGAGGUAG